UCCCUGCAUGCAAAGUACACCACAGAGUAGAAAAACGCUAGACUGGCACGCAGGCUGACAUUCCGAUUAAAAAAAACGAAAGCGACUGUCCUCCCACAGGGGCGUUCUAGGUCUGAACGUCUCUGUGGUGAAGCCUUUAUCUCGUUUUUGAUUGGCUGUUAGAGGGGAAAAACUUUAUCGGUUUUAGGCCGGAAGCGUUCGGCCGUGGACGCCUUCGCAGUCUCUCUCGCCCUUAACCAGAAAUCGGUUUGGAAGAUCAUCAUUAGACUAGAUACGAAAUUGCUACGCAUGCGCGCCGCGCGGUGGCGAAAAGAGGGGAAGCCGAAGCAUGAGUGCGCUUGCGAGAAAGGAAGCCCCGCCCUCGAGAACGCAUAAGGAGGUGUUUUAAAACGAAAGAAUGCUGCAUAUGGUACGGUUAGUCCUAAAGGCUGGGUUGACAGGUUUGCCAUCCCGUGGCAAAUCCUCCCUAGCUGUUAGAAUGGCACAGUACCGGAAGAUGCGGAAACCAGCACAGCCACAGAACUGGAUGGUGGAUUAUCGGGAGCGAUACAUCCCCUUUUCAAAGGAGCAGCUGGUGAAUACCCUACUGAAGGACUUCCACUCCUCCAGCCACACAGAAAGAGUUUCCUUCCUGGCGUUUGUCUCCGAAGCGGACUCUUCCCUUCUGCACCGCUACCAUUCUGUCCUCGAGCAGCUCAAGGCUCUCUACGAACCGAUUAACCCUGACCAGGAUACCCUGCAAGAGUCCUCCUUGCUGGAUGCUGACCGGUUAAUGAAAGAGCAGGAAGUGUUGGAUAGGUUGGAACCACUGCUGGACCAGGCCAACUUCAACAGCCUGUCGGAGGAUACACUGGCAUAUGCCCUAGCGGUCAACCACCCUUACGAUGAAGUCAAGGUAUCUGUGAAUCUGGAGCAGUACGAAUACAUGCGCUUCUGGGCUCUCGGCGAACGCAUCGGCCCACUACGCGUGAUGACGACCCUUCAGACCCGGAGCAGUUUCUUCGGCACGUCUCCUCGGAUUCCUGAAGAAAGGCAUUAUUUCAAGCGGGUGGUGGUGGCUGCCCGGACCAAGAAUGCCCAUCUGGUGCUGAAAUGCUUUAAAGACAUCCCCCUGGAGGGCUUGGAGCAGCUCCUGCCGGCUGUCAGAGUCCGCACGUCCGUCUUAUACCGGACCCUCCUCAAUGGCAUGCUGAUCGUGAGCGGCUUGGCCGUCUUUGUCAACGUGGGCAUGGUGGUGCUUACCGACCUCAAGAUUGGCACCGCCUCCCUGCUGCUUUUCUUCGCUGCUUUCAUGGCUUUCCGCGCUUGGAAGGUUUUCGGCCAGCGCAGGAAUGUCCACGCCCUUGAGCUGGUGCAUAUGCUGUAUUACCGCAGCACGUCCAACAACUCCGAGCUGCUGGCCUCUCUUAUUCUGCGUGCCCAGGAAGAGCACGUGAAGGAGGUUAUUUUGGCACACAGUUUCCUCCAGCAACAGCGCUACCUACAGGAGAACACAGAUUCCAAAACGGUUGAACACCUGAGGCAAGAUGUUCAGGAGUGGUUACAUCUCCGCUCUGGGCUGCACAUCGUCUUCUGUGCUGAACGGGCCUGCAAGCAUCUGAAAGAGUUGAGAGUUGGGGUGCAGGCCCCCCCAUAGUUAGGGCCCACCCUAUGACUGGGGGGGGGAGCCCCUUACUAUUACGUUGAAGAGCCCUUUUGGCUCUAAAAGGUGAGAACUCCUAACAGUGUGCAAACCAGGUUUUCAGUGCAUGAGUAUUGGAAGGCAUGUUUUCUUCCAGUGCGUCAUGGGAACGGUGUCCAGAGGUGACGCUGCAUGGGUACCCAUGUAUUGUCCUUUUAACUGCCGUUCUUCUUUGGAUGUACAUAUCGUAAGGUAAAGCAUAAACUCAUCACGGGGCAUACCUUUCAGUUGGCGUGCCACAUGGCAAAGAGGCCAGCUUACAUCCCUAAGGCUCCAUUAUUUGGUAGGAGCCCGAAAGGAGCUGCUUUUGAAAUUUCCCCCGCUUGAUUCUUUUUUUUUUUUUUGCAAAGCACUUUUAUAGUAUGCUGCUUUUCUUUUUUCUUCCUCUGAGGACUGAGCGAGCGGUUCCUUACAGGGCUGUUUACAUUGAAACGAGAGCGGCACAAAGCAGUGAAUCUUUUGCAUUUUUGAGCCAGGCAGGUUUUGAAACAUCCCUUGCUCUCCUGUUGGGAACAGGAUUUUUUUAAAAAAAUGUUUAAAGUAAUUUCUAUAGCACUUUGAAAGGCUCGAUGUUCAGUUUUUGUUUUGCCUGAAAGACUGUGCUGCACAAAAGGCUCUUCUUUGUUUCUGUCUCGAAGAGCACAGAGAGCCUGAAAGACUAAGUGUGUGGUCUUGGCUAAAUCUGUAUGCUCAGGUAACACUUCAGGUUUCGCAUGGCCCGGAGACAAUUGAGAGCCAGCAUGGUGUAGUGGUCAAGAGCGGGUGGAUUCUAAUCUGGAGAACCAGGUUUGAUUCCCCACCCCUCCACCC